AUGUGGGAAUUUAACGCGCGCGUGACCCUUGCACGCAAGGAUCUAUUUAGUCAUGUAAUGGUGAAGCCAGAGUCGGCAGUGCUACGGGAAUUACCCGAGUGGAAAGUCGCCGAUAUGAAGGCUCUGGCUGUGCUGGUGAAGUUACUCUCACCCACCUAUCAGUGUAUGGUUCGGGAAUGUGAGACAGCCCUUGAGGCUUGGGAGGUAUUGCAGACAUUCUUCGCGAAGAAGAACCUCCACAAUCGGGUGCAACUUCGGAAACAACUACAUGAAUUUGUGAUGGAAACUGGUACGAGUCUAAUGGACCACCUACUGAAGUUUGAUGAGCUUUGUUUGAAGCUCAGGGCUGCUGGUGACAGCAUGGAUGAUGAUGAGAAGCUAGUACUUCUCUUGGGAAGCUUAUCAUCUGAAUAUGAUGAUAUGGUGCGCAUAAUUGAGGCGCACAGCAACGUGACGCUGUUGGACGCAAAAGAGAUGCUCCGGCGGGAGUAUGACACGCUACAGAAACGUGAUAAGAAGGAAACUGCUUUUAAAGCACACGCACAACCCAAUGUGAAUCGACGCUUUCAAGGAAACCGAGGACACCAUGGCCGUCAGAACGAUAAAGAUCGAAACCAAGCUUUCAGACGAAGGAACGACAACGCAAGAUUUCAAGGCAAGUGUUUUACUUGUGGAAAACAUGGUCACAAGAGUUCGCAGUGUCACAGCGUGAAACAGUCAAGAUCUGGCGAUGAAUUUGUUUUCUCAGCAUCAAGCGAGAAAUUGGAGUCAAGUGCAACUUGGCUGCUGGAUAGUGGUGCAAGCCGUCACAUGACUGAUGACGAGCGUGAUUUUGUGGAGUAUGAAAAUCUGACUACCCCAAUUAGCAUCACAGUUGCUAAUGGACAGCAUCUGAUGGCGAAAGGAACGGGGUCGGUGCGAUUUGUACUGGAAAAUGGCCGCACAGUUAUGCUGAAGAAAGUUCUUCAUGUGCCUAAAUUGGACAAGAAGCUUGUAUCUGUACCAGCACUGACAGCCCGAGGUGUGCUUGUGCAGUUCAAGCGUAAUCAAGCAGUCCUAACAUCCAAUGGGAUUACGGUAGCAGUGAUUAAUCGAGUGGGAAAAUUGUUUGCGUGGAAUGUGAAGCAGGAUGUGGUAUUAGAGGCGUACAAAGCCGAGAGCACGACCAAAGAAGAUGAUGAAAGUGGACCGUGGCAUGCUCGCCUUGGUCACGUAUCGACAAGCAAGCUUAAUCAAGUAAUGAAGGCGUGCGACGGUAUUACGAAUUGUCGGCAACUGAAGACGGUGUUUGCGAUGGGUGUUCACGUGGAAAAAUGA